GAAGAAUGCCUUUGGACUCGGGUGUAAUUCACACAUACUCGAUGAGAAAGGAAGAUUAUGAUUCGGGAAUGAUCCUAAAGCACCAAUCUUUGGAAGGAAUCCCGAAUGAAUUGCCGAGAUAUGAUAUAAUGAGACGGAUUUCGAUACUUACAUGAGAAUCUCCAAUUCAAAACGUCGGAGGCCUCGGUGAUAAUUCGAGGUAUUCAAGUGGCAAAUUUUGUCCCUCGAAGUUCUCUGCAACCAGGAUCUGCUGUUUUCUUGGAGUACUCAGUUUGAGUAUCUCCUUCACGAUGGAUGAAGAUAUGCAUUCCGUCCCUUCCCAACUGAUUCAUGGUUUUUAAAACGCGUGAAAAAUCAGUUUAGAACCGCAACAUCAAUCUCACAAAUUGUUCGAGCUGGUCGAAGAGCCCAGUCGCUUUCCCAUCCUCUGACCGAAGAACAUUUCAGAAGAAUGUGAAGCUCGUCGCGGAGAUUUCCGGGCUGAGAUCAGAAGCGUACCCAAACUAAUGCUUUUGGCCGGACCCAGCGCACACUAGACUUGCCCCAAACUUAGCUCGGUGCACCGCAAGCUGCUUAGAUAAUCCAUGGAGCCCGUUCAUAAGAACUGUCAAAUCCAAGAUGCAAUUGCGAAAUGUGGUCCAUAUGGUGCAUUCGGUUAGCGGAACCGUUCCAACCUGGCUCAAUAGGAAAAUCGAAACAUGUCAUUUUGAGAGGUCAGUCUUGAGAACUCUCUUGCCGGACGCCGUUGCAGAAAUUCCUUCAGGUGGAUUGUGAGUUGCUGCGACGCACUACAAGUGUUGGCCAAGGUUGGGCGGACCCCAGGAUUGCGAUAGCGUUUGAUUAAUCCACACACCAUUAGGUUUUGAGGCCCUUUAACCGGAAGCUAGGAAUCGAAGUCGCCCAAGUUGCGCGACAUGAUUCUCUCCAAGGCUCGCCCUUCUGUGUCUUCGCAGGGAGAGCGAGCACGAAGCAGUCACGGCCAGCGGAAGCCCCAAGUCUCGGCCCUGAACCGAUGUCUCGAAUUGCGGGACUACACUGGUGCCAUCGUUCUUCUCCAAUUCAAGCGCCAUGAGGCGAAUCUGCCCCAUAAGAUGACGCUGGAGUGGUUGGCAUACUGCCAUUUCCAUCACGGAGAACAUGACAAGGCGCUGGACGUGUAUAGAGAGCUGCUGGAAAGCCCGAACGCAGACAAUGUAUUUCACAAUUAUGCUGCAGCGUGCCUCUUCUACAUGGGUCUCUAUCAAGAAGCACAAGAAGAGGCGCUCAAGGGUCCCGAAAGUCCCUUACAGACUCGCAUCCUGUUCCAUUGCGCUCAUCGCCUGAACGAUGAAGAAAAGCUCAUGAAUGUUCACGAUAAGCUCGGUGAUCAAACGGAGGACAUGCUCAGCUUGGCAUCCAUUCACUACCUUCGAGGCCAUUAUCAGGAGGCCACCGACAUCUACAAGCAGCACCUCUCUGAGAACAGGGACUGGCUAGCAUUGAAUGUUUAUAUUGCCCUGUGCUACUACAACCUGGAUUAUCACGACGUCAGCUUGGAGGUUUUGACCAACUACUUACAGGUCUGUCCUGACAGUGCUCUGGCCAUGAACUUGAAGGCUUGCAACAACUUCAAGCUUUUCAACGGCAAGGCAGCGGAAGCUGACAUGAAGGCUUUAGAGAAUGCAUGUGGAGGACAAGUUGAGAACGAUCUUGUCCGUCACAAUCAAGUUGUAUUCCGGAAUGGUGAAGGUGCAUUGCAGGUGUUUCCUCCACUCGUUGGUAUUCUACCAGAAGCUCGACUGAACUUGGCCAUCUACUACCUGAGAAACAACCAAGCAAAACAGGCUUAUGAAAUGUUAAAGUCGAUGGAUCCAUCGUCACCCCAAGAAUACAUAUUGAAGGCUGUCACCCUGGCAAUGUACGGUCAGGAAGCGGAAUUAGGAGAAGUCACCAAGCAAGCGCAUCAGCUGUUUCAACUCGUUGGUACUUCCGCAAGCGAAUGCGACUCUAUACCUGGACGACAGUGCAUGGCCUCUUGCUUCUUUUUGCUUAAGCAGUAUGAUGAUACCAUCAUCUACUUGAAGUCCAUUAAAUCCUACUGUGUAAACCAAGAUGAAUUCAACUGGAAUUAUGGCAUAGCAAAAGCAGCAAAUGGAGAGUUUCAAGAUGCUGAGGAAAGUUUGCAGGCGAUCUGUAGCGAUAGCUACCGGAGUAGUUACUCCUACAAGGCAUGGUUGUCCCACUGCUAUAUCAUGAAUGAUAAGGCUCGCCUUGCCUGGGAGCAGUACGUUCAGUUUGAAGGCUCCGACGAUUCAUUCAGUUUGUUGGUGCUGAUUGCAAACGAGUGCUACAAAACUGGUCAGUAUUUGUACGCCGCCAAGGCAUUCGAUGUCCUGGAGAGGAUCGAUGAUUGUACUGAUUAUUGGGAUGCGAAGAGGGGAGCUUGCAUUGGUGUCUUCCAAAAUAUCAUCGUCGGAAAAGAACCCAACGAGCAUCUUGGAGAAGUUGUGGGUAUAUUGAGAAACAGUAAUCAUCCACAGGUGGAGUACAUUCUCCGAGUCAUGCAAAAGUGGGCCAAGGAUAAUGGAGUCAUUCCGUUCUGAAAGCUUAGAGUUCGUGUGCUCAUCGCCGAACGACAUCUUUUGCUGUCCGGAAGAAUCAGCAGCGGAUAAUCUUGAAUAAAAUAUUGAGUGAUCUCAAGCAUUCCGAGCCUGAUUCUCCCUGAUCAGCGGGAUAUAUCUCCAUAAAUCACAUAGAUGUCUUGCAAUUUUGUGUUUCUUCUCCUUGUGUAGUGUGUAAAAAUGUAGUGUAGGGUGUGAUCUUACAACCCACACACAUGAUUACUUGAGGAGCACAAAGGUCCCAUCGAAACUAAUAUAUAAUCUAAUAAGUAUUAUUAUAGUAAUUUCAGGUAAUCAAAUUAAAUUGUAGAAUGCUUGAAGAAUCAAAAGGAAUUAAAAUAUUUUGCUAACACAAGGACCACCGACACUUGUAAUUUUGUCGUGCUCAAAGUAGGGACAAACGCAUGUUUUCUUCUCGAGCCGUCUCCUUUUUGUGUGUCAACAAUGACUACUCU